GGUUUUUUGCCUCUCUUUUUUUUUUUCCCCUCCUCACGUUUUCUCUCUCCUCUUUCUACCAUUAUUCUUGUUUGUAUUUGCAAUUCUUUUUUUCUCUCUUUAAAAUUUAUUAUUACGUCUUUCAAGUCCAAAUGUCACUCAUAUCUCUUCAAUAAAAGUUCAAAAUUUAUUCGAUUUCGUAUCCUUCUUUCUCUCUAACUCUCUAAAACACACAUCAAUUUUCUCUCUCCUCUUUUCCUCUGUUUUCAGAGUUCAGUUUCUUCUUCAGAUCCACAGGAGAUAAAGUAACAAUCUUUUUCUGAAAACAAUAAUGAAGAAAAUUGUGUUGAAAUUGGAUUUGCAUGAUGAUAAGGCGAAGCAGAAAGCUCUUAAGACAGUUUCUACUCUUCCAGGGAUUGACUCUAUCGCAAUGGACAUGAAGGAGAGGAAAUUAACUGUGAUUGGUUCGGUAGAUCCAGUAAGUAUAGUGAGUAAAUUGCGCAAGUAUUGGCCAACAACAGACAUAGUACUCGUCGGACCAGCGAAAGAGCCGGAAAAGGAGAAGAAGGAAGAGCCGAAGAAGGACGAGGAGAAGAAAGAAGAGCCAAAGAAAGAAGAGCCAAAGAAAGAAGAGCCGAAGAAGGAAGAGGAAGCCAAGAAGGAAGAGCCUAAAAAAGAAGGGGAAAAGAAAGAAGAGCCAAAGAAAGAAGAGGGCAAAAAAGAGGAAGAGAAGAAGCCUGAUCCUGUGCUAGAGCUUGUGAAAGCUUAUAAACAAUAUAACCCUCAAAUGACUACAUAUUAUUAUGUCCAAAGCAUAGAAGAAAACCCAAAUGCUUGUGCAAUAUGUUGACAAAAGAGAAAUCCAAUAACAAGACAUUUACAUAUUGGAUUCAAAAAGAGAGGAAGAAUUCUGUUUUUAAGAAAUUGUAUUCCUAAAAACCCUUCUCUAAUUCUCCUUGUAAUUAACUAGAUUGUUAGUUACAAGAGAGGAUUUGAGGUUGAACUCUUAAGUGUUAUUGAUGAGAGGUUGAGAGCAAAUGAUUCUUGAACAAAAAAAAAUUGUAUAGUAAGUUGGUGGUUGUUUUUGUUAUUUGUUUUGCAGUUGGUAAUGAUAAAUUGUAUGUAAAGCACCUUAAAUAAUUUUUUUUGGUAGUUAGAUUAAUAGUUAGUAUCUUAAUCUUGUUAGUUUCCUAUCAAGACCUUUGUAAAUAUUUUUUUACUCGGUAAUGUAAGAUGUCUUUUUAGAGUGUAAUAUAAUUCAAUGAUAUUUGCGUA